AGAUCCUGGCAGUGCAUCCAUGUAAUACAGAGGCCGCAAGGCUUCAGUAGAAAGCAGGGAGAGCAGCCCAGGAAAUUCUUAGGGGCUGGGCAGGGUCUUGGCUGCAAGUUUGUGACUGGAAAAUGUGAAAGAGGCAGUGUAAGCAUCUGAGCUCAGGCCUUGCCGGCUGGUACUGGCCGAGAAGUCUGCGAAGCUACUUUUCCCUGAUAUGUUGCUGGAGUGUUUGUGUCCGGAUACUGAAAGAUGCCUCAGGAACAGUACGUCCACAGGAACACACUCUCCAGCAGCGAGGGACCUCAUGUGUACAAGGUGGGAAUAUACGGCUGGAGGAAGAGAUGCCUCUAUUUCUUCGUUCUGCUCCUCAUGAUACUCAUCCUGGUGAACCUCGCUAUGACCAUCUGGAUACUGAAAGUCAUGAACUUUACUAUUGAUGGAAUGGGGAACCUGAGAAUCACAGACAGAGGUUUGCGGCUAGAGGGAGAUUCUGAAUUUCUCAAACCUCUGUAUGCCAAAGAAAUCCGCUCCAGGCCGGGGAGCCCGUUAUACCUUCAGUCGGAUCGAAAUGUAACUCUCAAUAUUCUCAACCAGGAUAUGAAGCCGGUCACGCAGCUGGUCACAGGGAGACUUCUUGUUGACUCCAAAUGUAUUCUACAGCAAGACAAUGACCCCAAAUAUACAGCCAAUGUCAUUAAGAACUAUCUUCAGCAUAAAAAAAGAACAAGGAGUCCUGGAAGUGAUGAUAUGGCCCCCGCAGAGCCCUGGUCUCAACAUCAUCGAGUCUGUCUGGGAUUACUUGAAGAAGGAUUUGAGCAAGCCUACAUCCACAAAAGAUCUGUGGGUAGUUCUCCAUGA